UGUUUUUUAUAAACACCGGAACUCGCACUGGUUGAUGAAGACUUCUGGGACGGUCUUUUCAGUGGUAGCCAUUCAAGAUGGGUUAUCGAGGUGCUAGAAAACAUCUCAAGCGUGUAACCGCACCAAAGUCAUGGAUGUUGGACAAGCUUGGUGGCGUUUUUGCCCCAAGACCAACUCCAGGUCCACACAAAUUACGUGAGAGUUUACCCAUGUGUGUAUUGUUACGAAAUCGAUUGAAGUAUGCUCUAAAUUAUGAAGAAGUUAAAAAGAUUUGUAUGCAGAGACUCAUCAGAGUAGAUGGUAAAGUUCGAACAGAUAAAACUUUUCCGACUGGAUUUAUGGAUGUAAUUGGAAUUCAAAAGACUGGAGAAAAUUUCCGUAUAUUGUAUGAUGUAAAAGGAAGAUUUGUUGUCCAUCGUAUCAAACCAGAGGAAGCCAAGUAUAAAUUAUGUAGUGUCAAGAAGUGUCAGUUGGGUCAAAAGGCUAUCCCUUAUCUUGCUACUCAUGAUGGCAAAACCAUUAGAUAUCCAGAUCCAGCCAUUAAAGUUCAUGAUACUGUUAUGGUGGAUAUAGAGACUGGUAAAAUAAAGGAUUAUAUUAAAUUUGAAGCCGGUAAUGUUUGUAUGUUGACCGGAGGUCAUAACUUGGGACGAGUUGGUACAAUCCAAUCCAAAGAAAGACAUCCUGGUUCUUUUGAUAUUGUUCAUAUCAAAGAUUCCCAAGGACAUACUUUUGCCACUAGAAUGAACUAUGUAUUUGUUAUUGGUAAAGGUAGUAAACCAUGGAUCUCUUUACCCAAGGGUAAAGGUAUCAAACUGUCAAUUACAGAAGAAAGAGAUAAAAGAAUUGCUGCAGUUGCUGCUGCAUCUUCUGCAUCCUAAAAUGUGGUCAUUGUGCCAAUAAAAUAAAAAAAAUGAAAUUUG